GCUCUAGUAACCAUGAAGACUUUCAUCGUUCUCGCUUUGGCCGUUGUUGCCACUUUGGCAGUGCCCCAAUCUCCAGUCCACGCCAAAUGGGCUGAAUUCAAAUUGACCCACAAAAAACAAUACAGCUCCCCGAUUGAAGAGCUCAGACGUAAGGCCAUCUUCCAAGACAACUUGGUCAAAAUCGAAGAACACAAUGCCAAGUUCGCCAAAGGCGAAGUCACCUACACCAAGGCCGUCAACCAGUUCGCCGACAUGACCGCUGACGAAUUCAUGGCUUACGUCAACCGUGGUCUUGCCACUAAACCAAAAAUGAACGAAAAACUCCGCAUUCCCUUCGUCAAGUCUGGCAAACCCGCCGCCGCUGAAGUCGACUGGAGGAGCAAAGCCGUCACCGAAGUCAAGGACCAAGGACAAUGCGGUUCCUGCUGGAGCUUCAGUACUACUGGUGCCGUUGAAGGCCAACUUGCCAUCUCAGGCAAAGGCUUGACCUCUCUCAGUGAACAAAACUUGGUGGAUUGUUCCUCACAAUACGGAAACGCCGGAUGUAAUGGUGGAUGGAUGGACAGCGCCUUCGACUACAUCCAUGACAAUGGUAUCAUGUCCGAAUCCGCUUAUCCCUACACUGCCAUGGAUGGAAACUGCAGAUUCGACGCUUCUCAGUCCGUCACCAGUCUUCAAGGUUACUACGACAUCCCCUCUGGAGAUGAGAGUGCUCUCCAAGACGCUGUUGCCAACAAUGGUCCAGUCGCUGUUGCUCUUGAUGCCACCGAAGAACUCCAACUCUACUCUGGAGGUGUUUUGUACGACACCACCUGCAGUGCCCAAGCUUUGAACCACGGUGUCUUGGUCGUUGGAUACGGAUCUGAAGGUGGACAGGACUACUGGAUCGUCAAGAACUCCUGGGGAAGCGGAUGGGGAGAACAAGGCUACUGGAGACAAGCUCGUAACCGCAACAACAACUGUGGUAUCGCUACUGCUGCCUCGUAUCCAGCUUUGUAAAUUUUAUUAUGAUUGUAAAACACAAAAAAAUAAACUAAAAUUCACAUUA